AUGAUCGACACCAAGUCCCAAGAGAUCCGACCUCAAGAUGAAGAGACAUACACGGACCUACUGGAGCUCGCCGACGAGCUGCCGGACUCGUCACCGCGAUUCAUUCUGUUGAGCCAUCCUUUGACACUGGCAUCUGGCAGGCAAUCUGUGCCCUACGUCCUCCUCUACUACCUUCCCGUGAACGCCAACCCGAACCUGAAGAUGAGCUAUGCUGGCGCCGUCGAGCUCAUGCGAGGCACGGCUGAAGUCAAUCGUGUGAUCGAGAUCAGCGAGUCUGAGGAGCUAGGGGAGAUUGAGGGAAGAUUAAAGGGUGAGGACUAG